AUGAAGAAGAUUCUACGGCUAGUUUUCAUUUUGGUCUACACUAAUAUCAGCACAUUUGUGUCAGCACAUGAAUUGGAGGACGCAGCUAGUUUUACGGCUGAUGAACUUGAUAGACUCUUGGAAGAUCCACCUGGUUGUAUUCAGCUUGCUAUGCGUCCCAUUUUUGAAAAAUGUGUGUUGAAUGGAAUUCAUGCUGUUGACCCAAAGGAUAGACGCUCACUGGCUAUAGAAAUGUCUGUUUGUGAGUUUGAAAGUGCUGGUGUCGAAUACCCAGCAGAGUGUUCAACCACUGACUAUGACACAUGUAUUUGGAAACUAGGCCUUGUACCUCAAUAUUGGACUACUUUUAGUGGAAAUUACCGAGACAUUGGAUUGUUUUGUGAAGGUGUGUCUCGAAAUAAUGAAAAGGAACAAUUAGUUUUACUCUACCUGAACAUAACCAAGGUGUUUGCAGGAUUUCGACAUGCAUUUUAUGAGUCCUAUUCCAAGUCACAAGAGAUGAAAGAUGAAAUGGAAGAAGGUUUCUCUAGGUGGUCUGCGGAUUUUGAUAUUGCCAAAGACCAACAUAAGGAGUUUUAUGAAUUUGUUGCAAAACAGCAAGAGCACAUCAAAAUAGAGUUGAUGAAAAAUCAAAAAGUCAUUUUUGACUUUCACGAUGAGCAGGAAGUGCGAUUCAACUCUUAUUCCAAUCAUAUUGUGGACGUAAUAGACUCAAUGGCAGUGGAUCUAGAUAUCAUUCUAGCCAAGUUGGCUGAUGAUGGUAUAAUUGAGGAUAUGGAAAAUCAGAAAAGUAAGUCUCUUGACAUCAUGAAAUCAUACAGCGAGGACGCAGAGCUCACACUUUCGAGAAUUGUUAGUGAGUUGGAAAGGGUAGGCAUUAUACAGAAGAACGAUGUGUCUAUCGUGGAAAACUUAAAUUCUGGAUUGGCGGAUACGUCCAAUAAAGUCAGCAAAUUAAACAAGGAUUUUGAGGAUUUAGACUCUCACUUUCAGCACACUAAGGACCUUAUUGAGAGCGAGGUUUCCUUCCUUUUUGCUAAUCUCAUAGGGGAAAUGGAGACAAAGUUAUCACAGGCAUUAGAAAAUGUUGAUGAUAGAAUCGAAUUGCAUUUUGUUUCACAAUUGGAGUUCCUAGAUAAAUCUUUAAAUGAGACAUGGGAAGCUAUACUCACCUUCAAACAGGAUUGGCAAAUAUUCACUCUGAUCUUUGAAAAUUUCGAAAACAUACCAAAAAGCAUUCUGCAUUUCGUGACCAGUGGACUUUACAAAACCAAUGAAAUACUCACACAAACCAGCUAUUUCUGGUCUACAAUCUUGAACAUUCCCGUUUCUUUGCUAUCAAAUAUUCUUCGCUACACUAUGGCAGCAUCAUGGAUAGCUAUAUUGUUCAUAUUGAUAUCCUUGAGGUACGGCUCCACGAAACUGUUUCUUUUAGUAAUUAUGGUCUUGCUAGUGGUAUUUUUAAAUACUCAUAGGUGGUGA